ACGAACGCGCCAGAGCAAAGCGACAUUCUCAGUUAAAAUGGCCACUUGAAUAGUUUAACCAGUUUCUUGCACUAAUAUUGUUAUUACAAGAUGUAUUUUACUACCAUGGAAUCUAAAGUAUCAGUUGAAAAAUCAUUGAAAGUCGCUGUUUCGUUAUCAACAUUCUCGACUGAGUGCGCGGAAAGAUUGAUUUCUAAGUGUUUUGCUACAAAAAAACAACACGCAUUGAGACAUCACAAUCGCAGAGGCCGUUCUUGUUUGCCACACAGCAGUGGUGUCAAGUUUCGAAUAAUAGGAAGUGGUGGUAGAAGAAAUUACUGAAUAGUUGCAUUACUCUACAGCAAUGGAUUACCAAUCAAGGUAUCCAGUACGUUCAAAUUCAGAUCUGGUAACAGCUAUUUUUAUCAACUCACCCGAAUAUCAAUCCAGUUUCAAAGCGCAUUGGUCUGACAACAUGUAUUCCCAACAGCAAUCACAGUCUAAGAAGCACCUCUUAGGUAGCAGCUUUGAUGAAAACAAACAAAAUCACAGUUUUCGAAAAAUCUGUUCGACCGAGCAAUCACUGAGCGUUGAUAGCUUGCCCAAAAGAGACGGUUUUUGGCAAAGUCUAACGAAAAGUGCAAGAAAUUUGUUAGGCAACCAUCUCAACAGUACAAGUUCAAUUCUGAAAAGCUGGUCAAAUAUGAACACACCAUUAUCUGUGACAGUAGUCUCGCCUGAUUUAUAUAAAUCUCUGCAGGGAAGCAAGGAUCAACAAAUGAUAUCAUCCUCAAAAAACUUCUCCGCCACCUUUGCAUGGAUCAAGGAGAUCAAUCAGACAAGGGAUUAUUUGUUGUCUCAUGAUUUAAUCGAUACUGAAAUUAUGAGUAAUAAUAUGGAGAAGGACACUGUUCUUACUGAUGCCGAGAGACAGUGGUAUGAGUACAAAUGCAUGUAUAUCAAUUGUAAUGAAUUAAAAACUAAGGACCAAGACUGUAUUGAUAGUAUAAAAAAAAAUGAAAUUGAGGAACUAACUUUAGAUUUUGCCCAAUGGAAUAAAGAUUUCGAGACUCUAACAAACUUUAGUAAAUCAAUGAAAGUUGAUGAGUUAGUGACGCUGGGAAAAGCUGAAUCUCCUAUGUUUCAAGCAAAACAACAGCAAGAAUUCCCAGAUAUUUCUGGCAAUAUGGCGAACACUUUAUUCACAACUCGCAACAAAUUGAUCAAUUGCACAUGUGAUCUUCACCGACGCCCAACAUCACCGGAUUCAACUGUCUUUAUGAACAGAGCUUCCCAUUCUAAACCGAUGCGUUUGAAAAAACUUCAUAGUGUGUCACUAGGUCGCGGUCGCGGUCGUGGUAAAUCACAACUACGACGUUCGGGUGUCAGUCAAAAACGACACAGAAAAGAGCAAGAAAGAUAUACAGUGGAAGAAAACAUAAAAAAUGAUAUCGACACGUGGGAAGAGGUGGAAUGUGAUGAAGGUACUGAUGAGGAUCAACUAGACAAUAUCGACGAAUGCGAUUUUGUCAAAGAUACUACACCUUCGUACGAUUUGUCUCAGGAAAUGUGUGCACCGAUAAAAUUUGAGCAAGUUGAGACUGAAUCGAGUUCGAGUGAAGAUGAGGGCAGUAAGGAUGAAGAUAAUGAGUGCGAUGACGGAAAUUCGUUUAGGUCAAGACUAAACUCGUGCAAUUCUGAGGAUAGUUACUCUAUUAUUUUUGACGAAGACGCCCCCUAUCAUUCAAGUGAAAGCGAUAGCUCGGGCAGCGAAUCUGAAUCUGAAAGCGAAGUCGACAGUUCAUCAAAGAAGGUUCGUUUUAACCUAGUACCCACAAUUCACCGUAUGAUCACGUGGAAGUUUGCCUACAAAGCUGCUCGUAAGAAUGAAGACUAUGCUAAUAGUCAACAAUUCCGGUGUCGAAUUGCUCGGACGGCAAGGGUGCUGGAUCCCAUAUUGAAACAAGAGUUACGGAAUCGUAUUUAUCAUGAACGUUUCGAAGAAUAGCAUUUUUUUAACCUGACGAAUUUCGUUCAUUAUAAAGUCUUGUGAUACGUCGCUAAAAAGAGGUUUUAGAUCAAAGCAAUGAUUAAAGAUUAGGAAUAAAAAAACAGUGAUUUAUGAAGUACAUGCCACUGAUUUGAAGUUUUGUAGUGACGUGUGAAUGUCUAAUAAAAAAAUUGGACUGAUUCAUAAACUGAAUAGUUACAAUAGUUAAAUAUAGAAAGAUUGCAUUUUUUGAGAAUAAAACUUUAGUUGAAAAAAUCCAUUUACUGUUGUAUAUUGACGAUAGAAAUAGAAAAUCCAACGUUCAUUGAAUCAGAAUAUUUUACUAUUAUAUUUUUUCAAUGACCCAUGUGUGAGGGCUCGAUUUAUGCACGCUUUGGAAAGCAAACUUGCUUUAAAUCUUGUCUCACACACGUCAUUUACGAAAAAAAAAUUUAGAUACAAGUACGAGAAAAUGAUUUUCACUGUCGCUUCGCUCAGACGUAGAUGCCAGUGUGAGGCUCAAAUGACUUUCUCGAACUAGUAUUAAAAUCUACUAUUAUAUACCUUAUACUAGAAAUGAUAUUUUUUUAGAAUCAUAAUCUAUAAAUAUUUGAAGAUUCCUAUGUAUAUAUUUAUUUUUGGAGUAUCACUAAAUUGAUUUUUUGCACGUCACUCAAAAGUUCGAACUUAGAUAUAAAUAAUAAAAAUUUAGGGAUGAAAAGAAACUAAAAUCUACAAAUUUUGUUAUAAGAGUACUUGAAUAAGUGCCGGAAUGCUAUUGUUGUACAGUAAUUAGCUAAACAUGUGUAAAAAGAAAGACCAACUAGUAAAAAGAAGGAAUCGCUACAAGAAUAAUCGUGGAAUCUUAAAUAAGCAGUCUCGUGCAUAGAGUGGCAUUUUUUUACAAUUUCAAAGCUUCAUGCAAGAUAAAUUAAAAAUAAUAGUCUCUCACUCGUCUUUGUGCCAAAUGCUUAUUUAUCAGUUGCAUACCGUGCGAUGUUUUUCCAUUUUAUUCUCGCGACUGACUGUUUUGUUUUAUGCAUAUUUUAUGAUAGCUUGUUUUUUUUUCCUUACUUGAUUGACUUCGUCUGAAGUCGUACGCAAGGAAAAAUCAUUCCUAUGUAGACGAGCUUGAACUUUGCCAAUAUGCAGUGCUUCAUACUUUCUAAAAUCUUGCAUAUAUAUAAAGUGAAUUCAAAAAAAUUUUAAUGUACACAGGACUUGUGAAUCUAUGAAAAAUCUAUACUAACAUUUUUGGAGUUAAUUGCUAUAGUGUACGCCACUCGAGAAAUAAAAAUUUUUUUUUUUAUAUAAAAAUGCACAGACAAGUAUGUUUAAGUUUUUUUAAAGUAUUUUGAUACAAUUGCACUGUCAAGUAGCGUCAAAUUGGUGAUUUGAUAAAAGAUAGUUACCAUAGUGUCUUGUCAUCAGAAAAAAAAUUAUAAUCGAAGUUGCAAUUAAUGUACAAGUCUUAAUUUUAGUAUUGCGAGUUAUGAAAUAAAAUGAAAAGCGUUUUAAAAGUUUUGCGUCAUAUGUUAAAUUAGAUGUUUUUUUGUCCAUAACUGAUAAAAAAUAUAUCUUAAAAUCGAGUUUAUAUUACAAAACGAUAAAUAUAUAAUUAGUAUAUCUUUUGACAAUGAUUAUGCAUAUAAAGUUUAGGAAAUUAAUCAAUCCUUUGUUUAUGUAAUUAAGUUAUAGGCAACAGAAUUUAUUUAUUUAGGCCAUCAUUUUGAAACUCGUUUCUAAAUUAUUUUCUUUUUAUAAUAAACGCUACUUUCUUUCUAAUAUGUCUAAUGAUCAUAAUUAUCUAAAAUUUUCAACGUUUAUAUAUAUAUUGAUAAACGAGUUUCUUCAUGUCAAUAGUUAAAUAGUGUUUUGUCUGUUUAGUAAAUAAAUGAACGAUAUAGCAACAACGUAUUUUUAAUUAAUGAAAAAGUUUUUAUUGGAUUUAAAUGUUUUUUUUUCAAAUUCGAUGUCAAUUUAUGGUAAGAAAGUCUUUUGUAAAUCCAAUUUUUAAAAGUUGAUUUCAAUUGGUAAUUUUACUUCAUGCUGGCUUUCAAAAUAAUUUAAAAUCGAGUUAAAGAAUAAAACCUAUUUUUUCCUGUGUUACAGUUUAAAAAUUUUAAGCUAGCAU